UUUACUUAGGUGUAAAGUGCUACUGAAGCCUACUAAUUUACAGAACUAAAUCAGAACUGUCAGCCAAAAUCAGAAACAGAAAAAAUCAGAAAAUCAGAGCACCAGAUUACCCAGACCAGUUCUCUCAAUGUCAGAUCAAAUCAGACAAAAAUCGCGAGCAGCUGGUCGCUGGUCUCCUUCCGGCAAAGUUGCCUGGCAUCAUUAAUUAAAAUUGCACACUCCCGACAACUUUUACGACUGAUCAUGACAGAACAGAUUUAACAGAAAACAGAACAGAUUUAACAGAAACAGGCGCAGAAAAUGGGUGAAACUUCAGGAAAAUGCCAUUUCUCUACGUCGGAAACUUGGGUAUUGAUUACAAUCAGGAGGAUAUAGAGAAAGACUUCAACGAAUACGGAAAGAUAAGAGAGGCGUGGCACUGGCCUACGUUUGGAUACUGCUUUUUCGAGUUUGAUAGUCACAGAGAUGCUGACGAUGCUAUGAAAAAACUCCAUGGCUCCAAAACUGCUGAAGGAAAGAGAAUGACUAUACAAUGGGCACGUCGACCUCGCAAACAUCUCCCUUCACGUGCCACUAACAAUGACAAGUGCUACAUCUGCAACCGAUACGGCCACUUUGCAAGGGACUGUCCGGAUAUUGCAGAAGCUGGACCAGUUUCUCAUCGAUCACCACCGAGAUCAAGUGGGCGUGGUCGUGGUCGUGGUAGGAGAUCACCGUAUCGUGGGAGGGGAGGGUACAGUCCCAGAAGGAGGUCUAAUAGCAGGAGUCCUCGUAGGAGAUCCAGAUCCCCUUAUUCUUAUCGCAGAUCUGUAGAGAGAAAAUCCCGAAGCAGAUCCUCUGAAAGAUACAAUAAACGACCCCAAAGGAGUUACAGCAGAUCUCCAUUACGCAGAUCCCCUGUUCGCAGAUCCCGUUCUCCUGUUCGCAGAUCCCGUUCUCCCGUCCGACGCUCACGAUCCUGAUAUCGCACGUGCUAAACAAAAAUAUGCUUCUACGCAUCACUUCGGCAAGUUCGGCCGAUAACCAUAAUAACAGAACUUUUUGUAUCAAUUGACUGAGAAGUCAUUAUUUAAAAGUCUCGAUGUUUUUAGCCUGGAUAUCUUGAAAUUGAAACGGUAUUAUAUAUUGUAUUUUCAAAAGAAGAUUGAUUCAUUUAUACAAUAUACAGAGUUGUUAGCGCUAUGAUAUUAAAGCUAGUUUCCAGCUGAAACGGCUUUAUUUUAAACGUGUUAUUAGAAAAUAACCAUUAAAGAGUAUUAAAACAUUUUUAGUGCUUUGAGGUUUUUGCACGGCACUUUUCAUACGGCUUACUUUUUAUUUUGACUAUUGUGCUGACUGCUGUUGCAUUAUCAGCAAUUUCAAAGAAGUUACAAUUGUAUUUCAGGAGUUCACUAUCACAAUCAUAAUAUUAUAUUAUAUUGUUUAGAU